CCUCACAUAAAUGACAUCAUUGUUACGUAGCAGGAAGUAAAAUCGACUGCAAAUUUUAUUCGGCUGCAUCAGAUAAACACGCGACUUACGCGGUGAAUUGUUAACCUUAGCUACGCAACAACCGCAACGACAAAAGAGUGUGUCUGUUCCUACUUAGUCCUGACAGUGGUCGCAGUGUGAUAAUGUCUGCAAGUACCACAGCAACGUACGUGGAGGAAAAGGACCGUAGUCGUCAACGACUGGAAGCUCUUUGGCUGCAGCCUUAUGUUGUGUUGCACAGAGCAGACAUCAGUGAAGCUAUUCUUGCUAAGCAGCAGGAGCCACAGCGCACUCGCAUUAAAGAGGAAGAUGUGGGUAAAGAGGUCCACCACUUCAAUGAACAAAUGGAGCAGAAGUUUCUUUGCUCUGUAAAAGAGGAGGAAGAGCAGGAGUGGCCUUGUACUAAAGAGGAGGGAGAGGACUCCUGCGACAUUAAAAAGGAGGAGGAGGAAGAUACCUGCAAGAUGCCAUUGACUGGUGUUUCUGUGAAUCAUUUAGAUGAGGGUCAAUAUGAGGUGAGCAAAGGGGCAGAGCCUCCAAGCUGCAGCUCAAGUCAACAAAUGACCAGAGACGGGGAUGGAGACCACUAUGGGGGAUCACAAGCAGCUCCACCACCAUCAGAUAGUGGUGACGUGUCGUCACAUGUUCGUGAUGCUGCUGCUGCUGAGGAGUCUCAAAACAAACACAGGCAAUGUUCUCACUGUGGAAAUUUUUUUGCUCAGAGCAGUAGUUUGAAACAACACAUGAGAAUCCACACUGGAGAGAAACCUUUUUCAUGCCCAGUUUGUAGCCAAAAAUUCUCUCGUAGGGGAAAUCUAAAUAAGCACACAAGAAUCCACACUGGCGAGAAACCUUUUUCAUGCUCAGUUUGUGGCCAAACAUUCUCUCAGAGGGGACAUCUAAAAUGUCAUACAAGAAUCCACACCGGUGAGAAACCUUUUUCAUGCUCAGUUUGUGGCCAAAAAUUCUCUCGGAGGGCCGGCUUAAUCAGGCACACAAGAAUCCACACUGGCGAGAAACCUUUCUCAUGCUCAGUUUGUGGCCAAAAAUUCUCUCGGAGGGGACAUUUAAAUUCGCACAGAAUAAUCCACACUGGUGAGAAACCUUUUUCAUGCUCAGUUUGUGGCCAAAGAUUUUCACAGAAGUCACACUUAAAACGUCAUACAAGAAUCCACACUGGCGAGAUACCUUUUUCAUGCUCCGUUUGUGGCCAAAAAUUCUCUGCCAAGGAAACCUUAAAAAGUCAUACAAGAAGAAUCCACCCUGGCGUGAACCCUGUUGCCUGCUCAGUCAGUUGCCAAAGAGUCUCUGUUGAGAUUUCGGAGUGUAUUGGGGAGAUGAGCCGUGAUCCGUGAAGUUUUCACCUUCUAUUUGUGCAGACUUUAUGAGUUUAUGCAUCAAUGAUAAUUCUAUUCUAGUAUGUACUUUUUGAUUGAGAUGCUGAACUCCUUUCCUUUAUUACAGUGAGAAGUUCAUAUUUUAGCUUUAGUCAUGAAUUUUAAAAUAAAGUUAACCGGCCUCGGGACGAUAAUAGUUUUGUAUUUUCUGUUAUACUUGAUAUUUAUUUUGGUUUUAGGUGUGUGUGUUGUUUAACUUCAAUUAGUUUUAAUUCCUAUUCCGGGCAAGUUGCUUAGUUUUUAUUAGUGUCUGUUUAGGAUUUUGUUUUGUUCAGCUUUUCAUGUUCAUGUGGAUCAAUCAAAUGAAAAAAAAUAGUGUUGGAUAUCCCCCAUUUUUCUUUUUUGUUACUUUUCCUUGCUACUAACACUUUAAAAUGUACUUGAGAUGCAUAUUAAGACAUUUCAUGAAAGAGUUGUUUACUUCACAGUA